GUAAAGCUCCGAGGGCCGAGGGAGGGAGGGAGGACUCUCCGAAAGCUGCGACUAUCCCUCGGGGCCAUGGACUCGGACGCCAGCCUGGUGUCCAGUCGUCCGUCGUCGCCAGAGCCCGAUGACCUUUUUCUGCCCGCCCGGAGCAAAGGCAGCGGCGGCAGCGGCUUCACGGGAGGCACAGUGUCCUCGUCCACCCCGAGCGACUGCCCGCCAGAGCUGAGCGCAGAGCUGCGCGGCGCCAUGGGCGCGGCGGGCGCGCACCCCGGGGACAAGCUGGGCGGUGGCGGCUUCAAGUCAUCCUCGUCCAGCACGUCGUCGUCCACUUCGUCGGCGGCCGCCUCGUCCACCAAGAAGGACAAGAAGCAGAUGACAGAGCCCGAGCUGCAGCAGCUACGCCUCAAGAUCAACAGCCGCGAGCGCAAGCGCAUGCACGACCUCAACAUCGCCAUGGACGGGCUGCGCGAGGUCAUGCCGUACGCGCACGGCCCGUCGGUGCGCAAGCUCUCCAAGAUCGCCACGCUGCUGCUGGCGCGCAACUACAUCCUCAUGCUCACCAACUCGUUGGAGGAGAUGAAGCGACUGGUGAGCGAGAUCUACGGCGGCCACCACGCGGGCUUCCACCCGUCAGCCUGCGGCGGCCUGGCGCACUCGGCGCCCCUGCCCGCCGCCACGGCGCACCCCGCGGCCGCCGCGCACGCCGCACACCACCCGGCGGUUCACCACCCCAUCCUGCCUCCCGCCGCCGCCGCCGCCGCCGCCGCCGCGGCCGCCGCCGCCGUGUCCAGCGCCUCCCUGCCCGGCUCCGGGUUGUCGUCUGUCGGCUCCAUCCGGCCCCCGCACGGCCUGCUCAAGUCCCCGUCGGCCGCGGCAGCGGCCCCGCUGGGGGGCGGGGGCGGCGGCAGCGGGGGCAGCGGGGGCUUCCAGCACUGGGGCGGCAUGCCCUGCCCCUGCAGCAUGUGCCAGGUGCCGCCGCCGCACCACCACGUGUCGGCCAUGGGCGCCGGCAGCCUGCCGCGCCUCACCUCCGACGCCAAGUGAGCUGGCCCGCGCCGGCGCGAUCUGGCGAGCGGAGGAACCCGGAGGCUGUGGGGAAGCAAGGACUGGCCGGCACCGGG